AUGUCUCAAGUUGCAACCACCACGGCGGUGCCUCCGAUGCCAGCGGUCACAUUACGGAACAAUAAGAGGUUCUCCGAAAUGACAAGGUCGACAACAUCAACCGCAUCAACCUCCACCACCGAUGCAGAGCGCCACCGCCACUUUCAGCAUGCACCAGGUUGGUGUCACAAGGUCGCCAACUCGGCGCACAAGCUCAGCACUCACCUCAAGAGCAUUGGGCACCACCAAUCUAGUCACCCUGACCCGCACCAUCACUCGCAGUCUCACCAUCCUCAACGGCACCACUCCCAGCCUCGUUGUCGCCCGGAUGAUAUCUGCGUCGUUGCUAAGACUAAGACGGUACCGGAUAAGAUGGUUCCUGCAGGGACAACGGGAGCAGCUGAGGACCCGGAGACACGCCGCAAGAAGGAGUGGGAGAGGCUGAAGUAUAUCUCUAUCUAUGGGUGUAUCGACUACCGCGUGCAGUCGCCGGAGACCGCGAACAUUCACUUGCGCAGCAUGGGAUGGUAG